AUGUUGGCGGACGGACUGAUGCUGGUGCGCAAAUCGACGAAGCUGGACGGACUGAUGCUGGUGCGCAAACCGACGAAGCUGGACGGACUGAUGCUGGUGCGCAAACCGACGAAGCUGGACGGACUGAUGCUGGUGCGCAAACCGACGAAGCUGGACGGACUGAUGCUGGUGCGCAAACCGACGAAGCUGGACGGACUGAUGCUGGUGCGCAAACCGACGAAGCUGGACGGACUGAUGCUGGUGCGCAAACCGACGAAGCUGGACGGACUGAUGCUGGUGCGCAAACCGACGAAGCUGGACGGACUGAUGCUGGUGCGCAAACCGACGAAGCUGGACGGACUGAUGCUGGUGCGCAAACCGACGAAGCUGGACGGACUGAUGCUGGUGCGCAAACCGACGAAGCUGGACGGACUGAUGCUGGUGCGCAAACCGACGAAGCUGGACGGACUGAUGCUGGUGCGCAAACCGACGAAGCUGGACGGACUGAUGCUGGUGCGCAAACCGACGAAGCUGGACGGACUGAUGCUGGUGCGCAAACCGACGAAGCUGGACGGACUGAUGCUGGUGCGCAAACCGACGAAGCUGGACGGACUGAUGCUGGUGCGCAAACCGAUGAAGCUGGACGGACUGAUGCUGGCGCGCAAACCGAUGAGGCUGGACAGACUGAAGGUGGUGGACGGACCGACGGAGGCGGACAAGUUGACAGUGAUGGACGGACUAAUGCUGGCGGACAAUUUGAUGCUGGGGCUCGAACUGAUGGUGGUUGGCGAACCGACGGUGGAGGACAAACUGAUACUGGUGCUUCAAAUCCUCGGUCUUCGUCUUGGUCGCAUCGGCCCCUUCAGGCAAGACUGGGUUUGCGGAGGCAUCCUUGGCGCUGCCAGCCCCUUCGAUAGCCUUGACACCGGAAGCUUCAGGGCUGCCUCUGUUCCAAUCAAGGACUCGAGACGCGUGCGGCUCUGGCUGUGA